AUGUAUGGAUUCAAACCCGAAAAAACGACCUAGUAUACGAUACGUUAAUGCUUUGAUUACUUUCUGGAUUGAAGAAAUAGAAAACUCCGAUGAUGAAACAAACAAUUUUAGAAGCCAUAAGGUUAAACCUAACAUUGAACCAUUAAAAUAUCCGGAUAAUAUCUAUAUUA